AUGUCCCACACCCCUGAGAGCAAACUCGACACCGACACAUACUCCACCAAGGAGAUCUCCACUGUGGACGUCAGCCCAGUCGAGAGCGUCCCCAGCAGCUCGCUCGGUCAUAUCCCGAAGCGCCGUUUCAGCCCCAAGAGCAUUGCCAAGUCGCUCGUCAGCAAGCAAGCAUGGUUUGGCGACUACGACUACGCCGCGCUCUUCACUCCCAACAUUCCGUUCCUCUGCAAGUCUGGCCAGCUUCCUUUCUACGGCGUCGAGGAUGAACUUCCGCACUUUCUCACUUUCAUCCUCGGCCUGCAACACGCUCUUGCGAUGGUCGGUGGACUCGUUGUUCCUCCGCUUCUCCUCGGCGGCCCCGCUGGCGCCAACCUCGGUUCAUCAGCGCAAAUGUACCUCGUCUCGGCCUGCCUGAUCUGGUGCUCCAUCGGUACCGCUGUUCAGAUCUCGCGCCACCGCAUUCGGGGAACCAAGUAUUACUUCGGCACCGGCAUCAUCUCUGUCGUCGGCACCUCGUUCACUUUUGCGAACAUUGCGCUCAAGUACUUCUCUCAGUGUUAUGAGAACGGCACCUGCCCCACUGCUCCUGAUGGCACGAAACUGCCGUGUCCGAGAGAGUUUGGCGCCGUGCUCGGCACUGGCGCUCUCACCGGUCUCUUCGCUAUCCUUCUUGCCUUUGUCCCGCCCAAGGCUAUCCAGCGGGCGUUCCCGCCGCUCAUCAUUGGUACCAUGAUCCUGUUCAUCGGUGCCUCUCUCGUCACCUCCGGCAUCACGAACUGGGCUGGCGGCUCCGGCCCCUGCAAGACGGACCACACGUUGCUGUGCUCCUCAGGCUCGCAGUCGCACCACUGGGGCUCGGCACAGUACCUCGGUCUCGGCUUCUCGUGCUUCUCGGUCAUUGUCAUCUGCGAGAUUUUCGGCUCGGCGUUCAUGAAGUCUGCCUCUGUCUUCAUCGGCUUCGUCACCGGCAUGAUCAUCGCCGCCGCCACGGGCUACUUUGACGGCAAGGUCAUCCAGAAGGCGCCCGGUGGCACCUUCCUCUUCGUUCACACGUUCCCGCUCGGUCUGCGCGGCCAGCUCGUCCUCCCUAUGCUUGCCUCGUACGCUGUCAUCGUCGCCGAGUCCAUCGGCAACAUCACCGCUUCGAUCCAGGCCAGCAACAUGCCUCUCGAGGGCCCCGAGUUCCUGAGCCGCAUCCAGGGUGGCAUGCUUGCGGAUGCGGUCAGCGCGGCCCUCGCCAACCUCUGCACCAUCACGCCGCUCACCACCUUUGCGCAGAACUCGGCCGUUAUCGCGCUCACGCGCAACGCCUCGCGCCGCAGUGGAUACAUGUGCGCUGCUAUCCUCUUCCUCAUGGGCAUCAUCGGCAAGUUUGGUGCCAUCUUCGUCGCCGCUCCUCCUGCCGUCAUUGGCGGCUUCACCACGUUCCUUUUCGGCUCUGUCGCCGUCUCGGGUAUCCGCAUUAUGGCGUUCGCCAAGUGGACCCGCCGCGACCGCUUCAUCGCCACCACCUCGUGUGCUCUCGGUCUCGCGUCCCUCGUCUCUCCCCACUGGUUCAACUACAUCUUCACUUACAACGGACCCAACACCUCCCUCCGCGGCUUCCUCGACGCUAUCAUUCUCAUCGUCGAGGAGCCCUACCUCAUCUCGUCCAUCAUCGGCGUGUUCCUCAACCUUGUUCUCCCCGCCGAAAUCGAGGACGACACCCCCGCUCCCGCGCACUAA